GCUUUGCCUUUCCCGUGCCCUGCGUCGCCGCCGCCGCCGUCGCCCGCCUCGUCACCCGGGUGCGGCCGUCACGAGCCCACUCCGCCGCCGCAGCACACCACCAAAAAGCCCAACGAGACGCCUGACAGCCGUUCCACCAUCGGUAGCGCAGAAUGACAACACCGCGCCAUGGACCGUCGCCGGCCACUAAGACAGAGAGAGUCACACACGCCGACAGGGCGCAGGCGCAUCGUGAUAGGCAGCCGGCCCGUGCGGCGCGCCGAUCGAAUGCCCUCCACGGACAUCGCAUCUGCCCAGGGGUUGGGACGAGUUUUGCGGAGGCGGUCACAUCUUGAGGGUGUAUGUGAUGGAUGAGUUCCUGGCGUGGCGCCGCCGUCACGCGCACCCUCGCGCUUGGAUACAUUAUCACUCGCUCGUCGUUUCUCCAGGCAGAAGCACACUGGCCGAGUGCCUGGUGUGUCUUCUCCCAGCCGUGGUCAUCACCACCUCCCUCCCGUCUGUGUUUCCGUCGCCAUCUCGGGUACCCUCUGUUUUGGCAAAUAGGCGGGUGUUUGUCACCACGGACUUUGGGAUUAUGCAAAACUCUUAAUGAGUGAAUACGGGUCGUGAAUGACAUUCCUAG